CGGAAUCAAAAGUGAAAUUCCAAGUUCGAUUGGUAAUUUGAGCAACUUAGUAGAACUGUACUUUGAAAACAAUAGUUUGACAGGGUUAAUUCCAGCUACAAUGAAAUGGUUCUUGAAGCUUCAGAGGAUAGAUCUAAGCGACAAUCAAAUACUAGGUGCUAUUCCAAGUGAGUUCUGUAAUUUGCUGAACUUAGGAGAAUUAGGACUCGGACAAAAUAAGCUCUCUGGUAUGGUGCCUUCUUGUUUAGGAAAUGUUACAACACUCAGAUACGUUUAUCUCAAUUCUAACAAUUUAAGUCCUGUGAUACCAACAAGCUUUUGGAGCCUUAGAGAUAUUUUGGAGCUAGACAUGUCAGGAAAUUAUUUGACAGGUUCUUUGCCUGCUGAAAUUGGAAACUUCAAGGCAUUAGUUACAUUGAACCUGUCAAAUAAUCAAUACUUGGGUGGGAUACCUAGCACUAUUGGAGUACUACAGGAUUUGCAAGAACUAUCCUUGGAGCACAACAAGUUACAAGGAUCGAUACCAGAUUCCAUGAAGAAUAUGCUGCAGUUACGGCAUUUGGAUCUAUCUUUUAACCAUCUGGAAGGUGUAAUUCCCAACUCAUUACAGGUACUAUCAGAUCUCCAAUACUUUAAUGUGUCUUACAACAGAUUGAGAGGACCGAUUCCUCAUGGAGGGCCAUUCGCAAAUUUCACGAACCUGUCUUUUCUCUCAAAUGAAGCAUUGUGUGGCGCUCCUUGGCUCCAACCUUGUGCAAGUACAUUUGAGCAUGAAUCAAGGACAAAAAGGCUAGUCAUGGUUGUUCUGUUGACAUCAGGAUCUGUCAUAUUAGCCUUGGUGAUUUCAAUUUUUUUGAUACGGUUAAAGUUGAGAAAGAAAAUUCUAGCUCCAACUCAGAACUUGCUUCCCAUGGCGGCAUUUGAAAGGGUGUCCUUCCAUGAACUUAGACAAAUAACAAAUGGAUUCAGCGAGAGUAACUUACUUGGCUCGGGGAGCUUUGGUUCAGUUUACAAGGGAAUUUGUGAAAAUGGGAUGGUAUGGGCCAUAAAGGUAUUCGAUUUGCAGCUAGAAGGUGCAUUUAAAAGUUUUGAUAGAGAAUGUGAAGUCUUAAGCUGCCUUCGUCAUCGAAAUUUAACUAGAGUAAUUACUGCUUGCUCUAGCCUUGAUUUUAAGGCUUUGGUGCUCGAGUACAUGCCCAAUGGAAACCUUGAGAAAUGGCUUCAUGUAAACCAUCAUGUCCUAAGUAUCAGGCAAAGGUUGGAUAUCAUGAUAGAUGUGGCUUCUGGUUUGGAAUAUCUCCACUAUGGCUAUUUAAUGCCUAUAGUUCAUUGUGACUUGAAGCCUAGCAAUAUUCUCCUAGAUGAAGACAUGGUUGGACAUAUUUGCGAUUUUGGAAUUGCAAAGUUGUUGGGAGAUGGAGAAUCUGUGAUACAAACAAAGACUCUUGCUACAUUUGGAUAUAUUGCCCCAGAGUAUGGACUAGAAGGAUUGAUUUCAACAAGUAGUGAUGUUUACAGCUUUGGGAUUAUAUUGAUGGAGACAUUUACAAAAAGAAAGCCUAAGGAUGAGAUGUUUACGGAAGAAUUAAACCUCAGGCGUUGGACACAAGAAUGCUCGCCAGAUUCUGUGACUCGGGUUAUAGAUGCAGACUUGCUUCAUCCUGAAGAUAAAACGGUACAAAGGAAGAUUGAAUGUAUAUCGUCUAUCUUGCAACUUAGUUUAAGUUGCACGACAGAUGCUCCUGAGGAGAGAAUAAACAUGAAAGAAGUUCUAGGAGCAUUGCAGAAGAUCAAACUUCAGUUUAUCAAAGAUAUCACGCCUUGAAGUAGAUAGUAAUACCAUUAUAUAUGAGAUAAUCCGUUAGCAACUUUUUCUGCAAUUGCAUAGUAUAUCAAAGUCUCAUUCCAAGGCUUACCAUUCAUUCAAGUAGUACUCAUGUUUUUUCUACUGAAUAUAUGGCAGAGCCCUGGAGUGCAAAUGUAUAUGGAGGAACUCUUUGUCUUGCUUAAAGUUCAAGACGGGAAUGAGAUAUGUUGUAUUGCCAAUAAA